CGUUCAGUCUUCUCUCUGGUUGCAACUUGCAACCAAAGAGUAUUAGUAUUUUGAUUUUCGCUAAUAUACCAAUUAUAAUACACAUAUUUAGUAUAAUAAAUAAAAAAAAACAAAAAAAUGGCUCUCUACGACAAUCAACACUGGCUCUUGUCACAUAUUAGAGACAGUUUCCUUGCCAUGGAUGACACAGGUAUUUGCGAAAUGAUAAUGCUCGGAGAAGAUAUUCCUAAGCAAUUAAAGGCAAAUGGAACGUUGCAAUGUUACCCUGGAAUGGAAGAAAGUGACGAUGAGGAUCUAGAUGCAAUGGCAGAAUCGUAUGACAUACAAAUGGAUAUUAUAGAAUUCAGUCAUAGACAGAGAUCAAACACAGCACAGCGGCUAGAGAAAAUGGAUAUAGAAAGAAAAAAAGCUGCUAAAGUCAAACAUGUAAAGUGGGAAUACAAUCCUAAUACUAUUACAUCUAGAGAACAGUCAGAUCUGUUUCAGAGAAAAGAUUUUCGUGCAAAGGCAUCUCCAAGAGGCCAAUCUCUCUUGACAGAACAACUUGAGAAAUGUCCUAAUUUACCACAGAAUUCAUUCAAGGAAUAUGCUAAAUUUGAUGGCAAUGCCCAGGUAGGCAUACCUGUAAGAAAAUACAGAAUAUUUAUGUGCAUGUUACCGAAGGAGGAGAGAACAUAUCCGCUCCAAGUGGUGGUAAUAGCGUCAGCGCGAGUGCUUGACUUCGUCGGAUUGAUUUGUUAUAAAUACGCAAGUGAACAUCCCGAUCAUAAUUUGAAGGAGGAUAUCUCGCGUUACGGUUUAUACAUUACUGAAGACGACGGCGAGGUAGACUGGGCUUUCCCCUGUUUGGAUCCGCGUGAGACCAUUUCUAAAUUCGAGUUUACCACUUUGGGCUUGAUCGAGAUGAAGCCGAGUGACAGAGCGCGACAUAACACGAUUAGUUGUAUCGAGAAAAAAGAUGAGGAACGUUUUGAGAGCAAAGACAAGGAGCAGGAAGAGGUCGCAAACGAUCUGGCCAAGAUGGAAGGUCACACCACCGCGAUGGAAGCGCCGUUGUAUCAAUCAUAUAGGGUACAUAUAAUUAAUAAGAUGCGAGCGAAGACCGAAAUUCAUCUUGGAAUAUCGGGCGAGAAAAUAGAAAUAGAUCCGGUGAUAACUGGUAAAGGCGCUGCCAGAUUUUGGAAUAGACAGCGUGCAGUCAGUUAUCACAUAGACAACAUCGCAUGUUGCGAAAUUACAGAGAUCAAAGGAUCGAAAACAAUGUUUACUUUGGUGUACACUCCGCAAUCCAGUACUUCUGACAGUUUUCUCAGUCAAAGUCAUUCGCUUCAUCAAUCGGUGUCGUUUAAGAAUCACGAUUUCGAGGCGGACUCGUUAAUAGCCGAAGAAAUUGUGCGGAAAAUCAAUCACAUUUUAGAGCUGCACAGCAGUCAGUCCAGAAAGGAAUAUCUCGCGCAAAAAGAGAGAAAAGCGGCGAGAAGAAAGAGUUUUCAUCUACAUAGAUGACAACUCUACUGGUUGCUCU